AUGAACGAGACCACCUCGCUUCAUUUCCAUGGCAUGUACCAGAACGGAACCGUUGCAGCAGACGGUCCUGUUGGAGUCGCUCAAUGUGGUAUAGCGCCUGGUAGAUAUUUCCAAUAUCGCUUCGUAGGGAAUCCAGCUGGGACGCAUUGGUGGCAUAGCCACGAAAAAGCGCAAUAUACAGACGGUCUCAGAGGGAAGAUGAUCAUUCAUGAUCCUGUAUGGGAGGCAAGUUUGAAAGUCCAUAGGCAGAUCUAUCUAAGUGUAUCGGACUGGUGGCACCAGCAAUCACCAUUCAUGGUCCAUGAUUAUUUGAGCCCCAACAACACCGAUGGCUCCCUUCCUACUCCAAACUCUUUCUUGUUGAAUGAUAGCCGUGCACCACCAAGGUUCAGACUGAAGCGUGACAGACGAUACUUGGUACGAAUUGUCAGCUUUGCGGGUCUUGUCUGUGGCCAAUUCCAUAUCGCCAACCACACUCUCACUGUUGUGGCGAUUGACGGCGAACCAGUGCGUCCAGCGAUCACAGACACGAUAGCCAUAUGUGCAGGGCAGAGUUACGACUUUAUUGUCUUGGGGAACCAAUAUGAGCAGGCUGCUAACUACAUUCUCAAGAUGACCACAGAUAUGUUAACAGGGCCCAUUCCGUCUAGUCAAACGAGGGCAUUGAUCGGAGACAUUGCACUCGAAAACAAUACUAGCAUAGCGGCAGGUAUAUCGCCAAACGGAUCGUUCACUGGCCCAUACGGCUCUCAGGGCGUUUCGUACAUUCCCACCCUUCUGAACUUCAAUUGGACAGCGCAAGGGAUUCUGGACGAUGCGACACUGGUGCCCUUAGAUAACGAACCACUCUUCAAGAAUGUCACUAGGCGAAUCAACUUUCGCACCAAUCAAGUCUAUUAUGAAGGCAUUGGAUCGCGCAUAAGCAUUGGUAUUCAGCCCUACACUGAGCCGAGAGUCCCUUCCCUCCAAUCCGCGUUAACGACCGGUCAAUUGGCGCUUGAUUGGACGACGUAUGGACCGGGCACAAGUCCCUAUGUUGUGCGACACAAUGAUAUCGUUGAGAUAUACAUGGAGAAUCCUCAAAUCUGGCCACACCCCAUGCAUUUACACGGACACAACUUCCAGAUAGCAGGGCGAGGCCUGGGCAGCUGGGAUGGCAAUGAGGACUCGCUAUACCAGACGCCCGCGAGACGCAACAACCUUGUUAUCCCACCUUUCGGUUGGUUCUUGAUUCGCUUCAUAGCUGACAAUCCUGGCGUUUGGUUCCUCCACUGUCAUAUCGAUCUCCACCUGGUUGGCGGCAUGGCCGCAACCAUCGUUGAAGCGCCCGACGUGUUGCAACUCCAGCAACGAAUUCCGAUCCAGAAUAUUGAGGCUUGCAAAGCUGAUUAUCGAUGCUCUGUGGGUACCUGCAACUGCAGGCUAGACAAGCUUUCUGAAGAAGAGUCGAACGAACAGUGCAAUACGAUAUUCAACAAUGUCAAUCCCGCCAGAUAUGGAGCGCUGCUCCCAUGUUGA